AGAUCAGCAGGGGCUCGAAACACAGUUUGCACGGCACCCCGGAACACUAAUGCGUCUUGGCGUGGCCAUGCCGGAGACGUGUUAUACAUUUAAGGAGAAAGAGAAUCAAUCAUACACUAUUAGCCAUUAAUUUUAUUCCUACUGUAGUUUCUUCGGUGUGGGUGGCACACCCUGUCUUUUUAAAACCAUUGUUUCUCUCUUGAAUUUCCUAUAACAGAUCAGGUUAUCUUUGUCUCUGCCUUGUAUAUUUGGAGCCCCUUGGAAUGAAUGGCUUAGAACUGUUUCUCUGCUAACCUCACCCAUCUCUUGAGACCACCGCCUACCUCACAACCCUAAUGAUGUGCUGUUAACAGUUAAGAUGCGAUCAUGUUAACACCUUGCUUAAGACCAGCUGUUUCUCUACUUUCAUUUAUACUUCCUGUCUCUGUCUGUAUGUCCCUUCCUGUCUGUAUGUCGAUCCUCUGCCUUAGACAUUUGUUCUUGUAAUGGAGCCUUUUGUUUUCUAAGGUUUUACUGAGAUUUUUCUUAUACCAUGUACUGCACAUGUACAGAGUGUACCAUUUGAGAAGUUUUAACAUACACAUUAAACACGGUUAGUCAACGUACUAAGACAUAGACAGAUCUACCACUUAGAACACUGUUUCCAUUCCUGAUUUAUCGUCACUUGUGAGAUCACAAAAACUGUUUCCACGUUUGGACCAUGUUCCAUCCCUUCCCUCACAGCAUAGAUAUUGCCAGCUGUUUUUAAUUUUUCCAUGUAUUGUAAUUCAUGUAACAUAAAUCAAUAAUAACGAUCAACACUUCUCCACGUGCUCGUUUACGCUUGUGUGUUUUCCUUGGAAACUGUCAUCCCCAGUCUUUUUGCCAAAUAAAAUUAAGAAUGUUUGUUUGAUUUUUAACCUUGCUAUUUAUGUUCCAGACUUCAGUCCUUUAUCCGCUGUGCUUUUUGACAGGACUCUCCCCACUCCAGCUUUAGGGAAUUUAUGUGUUCUCUUGAGACUAUCUCAAGUACUGUCUCUUCCUUUGUGCUAGGGAAUGAACUCAGGGACCCACACACUAUAGGCAAGCAUUCUAACGUUAAACUGCAUCCGUUAACACUUAUUGGCAUAUACUUACACCUUUCUUCAGUCAAAUGAUACUAGAGCGGUGAGGCGGGAGUGGGCGAGUGGCUGGAGGAGCAGUUGUUUUGCAGUCUAGAUCUUUUGCAUUUCCAUAUGAUUCCUUGGUAGAUUUGUUUUACUUGUGUUUGUUUUUGUAUAGUGGUAAAGAUUAAGCAGAAGCCUUUGAAUCUACUCCUUAAAGACCUAGCCAUAGAUGUAGAUGUGAAUUUUAAAAUCAGCUUGCCAACUAAAAAUGAAGUGUGUGGCCCUGGUUAGACGGCUGAGCGCUAACAUCUUAGUAAAUCUUCAAACACCUAAGCAAUGGUUUGCGUUUAUUUUCAUGGGCAACAUUUCAUAUUUCCAUGUCGUUAAUAUUUCCAUGUUUUUGUGCAUUAGAUAUGCAAUAUUUCUAUAUUUUAAAAGUUUUAUUUGUUUUUCAGAUAUUUUGAUAAAAUAGUAUUUGCUUUGUGAAGUAGCAUUUAUUUUAGCUAACACAUAGGAAGGUAUCUUUACUUGUAUUUAUGAAGCUAUACUAAAGCUAAUUGAACGUCUUAGCUUAGAAUGCAAAGAUUCUGGUAGCCUACUAAAAAUCCAGAAUGCAGUUUAUUCAUAUAAAAGGUUAAUACAGCUGAAAAAUGGUCACUGCAAAGUACUUCAAGGGAAGCUUCAAGUGGUGGAGAAGGAAGUCAGUGGACUCCGUAAGAAGCUUACGGAUGCAGAACGUGAACAACUUGAACAAGAACAAGAACUCUGCAAUGUAAGGUUUACUUUAAAACAAGAAGAGGAGAAGAGAAAAAAUGUGGACUGGAUUUAUAACAAAAUAAAGGAACAGCUAAGAGAAAAGGAAGAGCAAUAUAAUAAAGAAGUUAAAGCGAGACAAAAGCUCGAAAUUCGUAUCAGGGAACUGGAUGUGGAAAUGAAGACCGUGAGAAAUAAUCUUAACAAAGUUUUAGAGGAAAGAAAUUGCAUGGAGAGGCAACUUCUGCAAGAACAGAAAGCCAGAAUCUUACAGGACGGGAUUCUGGCAAGUCACCUUCACAAACAAAAGGAGCUAAAACUUGCACAAGAAAAAAUUAGUUCUCAGUUACAAGAAGCACUGGAGCAACGCAGACAGCCCUCCCAAUGCGCUACGAAGAUGCAGGACUGCGUACAAAAACUUGGACUUGAAAAUCACAUGUUAAAAGCUACAGCAAGAAAGCAAGCAGAGAAAAUUGAACAGUUAAAGAAAAAUCUACUCAGUGAAUUUUUGAGUGAUGAUCUUACUGCAAAACUGGAAACUGCAACGUCCAAAUGUCUACAUCUCUAUAAGCAAAAUCAGCUGCUCCAGCGGGAGUUACUCUCUAUGAAAAUGAUACAAAGGAAAUAUGAAAAAUUAAAGAAGCAUAAAAAGAAGUUAGAACAAGAAAUAGCUAACCUCAGAAGUCACAUGGAGCAGCAUAUGAUAGAGUGUGGUCAAAUAGAACAGUAUAAGUGGGAAAUCGAAGAGAAGACAAAGCAGGAUUUGGUGGAAAAAUUAAAACAAGUCAACCUAUUCUUGCAGGCACAAGCAGCGUAUGAGGACAAGCUAGAGAAGCUAAGACACAAACAGAACGCUUCGGUGCGAACUCAGAUGGAGCUCAGAAUAAGGGACCUGGAGUCUGAAUUCUCUAAGAUGAAAAGCCAAGUUGACUGUAAUCAAAUAGAAAUGGAAAACUACAAGCAGCUCUACCUAGAAGAAGUGAAAAUUAGAAAAUCGUUGUCAAAUAAAUUAAGCAAAACAGAUGAAAGACUGGCAGAGGUCAAGACCAAACUUCUCCUAGAGAGAAAACAGAACAGAGCUUCACAGUACAGCAUGGUUGACAUAAGACCCGUCCUGGAGUCCACCUGUCCAAGAGACAGUAAUAGAUUUUUCACUCCAAGAAGCUUCUCUAGAGAAAAUAUGCUUUCUACAUCAAACCUCUGGCUUUCAGUUGAGACCAUGGAAAACUGCAAGACCAAGGUGCUUCAGGAGUGGGAACGAAGUAUAACCAGAGAAUUAAGGCAAGGUAUAGUCAUCAGAGAGGAGGGAGCCUCAAUUGAUGAAAUGUCAGGAGACACCAUAGGAGAAGCUAAAAACUAGCCGGUGAGCAUCCUGGGAUAGGGCUGCCUUGGAUUAAAAUCUAUGACAGCUCCAGUAGGCAAGGCCCAGGAGAAAUCCACUUUAGGAAAACUUGUGGCUAUUAAUAUGCUCUUCUGUUAUCACUAGGUAUUAACACACCCCUUUGAGCAGAUCUCUGCAGACCUACAGUCUUGUAGGGAUGCUAUACAGACAAAUAGAUAAUAAUUCUAUAGAAUUCCUGAUUUGAUUCAAAUGGUUUUAGUAAGAAAGAUUUUAGAGAUGGUCUUAGUUGCUAAAAAGAUGUAAUAAAGUUAGAAUCAAGAAUAGAAUGUGCGGGCCAGAGAGAUGGCUCAGCCAUUAAAGGCUAGGCUCACAACCAAAAAUAUAAGAAGAGAAUGUGCCCAUUCCUCAGAAUAGUAAGUAAAGGUUGCAUAAUAAGAAACACAGGGUUAGAGAGAUGGCUCAGUGGUUAAGAGCACUAACCACUCUUCCUGAGAUCCUGAGUUCAAAUCCUAACAACCAUAUGGUGGCUCACGACCAUCUAUAAUGAGAUCUGAUGCUCUCUUCUGGUGUGUCUGAAGACUGUUACAGUAUACUUAUAUAUAAUAAAUAAAUAAAUAAAUCUUUUAAAAAAGAUACAAUGAGCUUUCAUAAUCACGCUAGUAAGAGAAAUAGAUUUGGGACAAUUUUGUGUUCAAGAAAAAACAUUUGGAUCCAAGGAUAAAGUCACAGGUGUGCAUUAUGAUAAGGUCAGGCAUGUAAAAUUGUUGCUUUAAAAAAUUUAAUGAGUAUAUUAUGAGGAAACACUGCUUUGAACUUAAUAUCAACAUCCUUUUGUAACUCCCAUUUUAUGUAACAUUUUAUCUCUGAGGUAAUUAUCUAAAAAACUUUUUUGUCUAAGAAGGCAUAAAAAGACCAGAGAAAAGAAAUAAAGUUGUUGGUUGAAUGGUUUGACUUGGGGAACUCUGCCCACCCAUCCAUCCAUCCAUCCAUCCAUCCAUCCAUCCAUCCAUCCAUGUCUGUGUGUUUGUCUAUAUGUUUGCGUGUAGGGUAUAUGUUUAUAUGUGUGAACAUGCAUGAAUACAUGUGGAGUUGAAUGUGACAGACAGUUGAGCCUGGCCAGAGUAUGGGUGCAUGAAUGAUUGAAUGUAUAUAUGUCUGUGCAUGUUUGCCUAUAUACAGCAUCUUAAUUCUUUUCCUUUCCUUCCUCUCUGGUUCACAAAGAGUUAACCUGCCAGGCCAGCAAGGGCUUCUGGCUGUCUGGGUAGAGAAAGGAGCCAGCAAUAAACUCCUUUCAGUUAACUCCCUGCUGCUAACAGUAUGUGUUAAUUGCCAGAUAUUAGCAUUGCUUUUUAAAGCACAAGUAAUAAAGAGUUAAGUUUUUAGUGCUUAAUGAAGCACAGAACAGUAGGAAAGAGUUCUUAGCACAGAACAGUAAGAAGGAGUUAAGUUUCCCUACGGCUUAUUUAAGCAUAAAGAGUUAAAUAAAUCAUAGAGGAUUAUAAAGUUUAAUAAAGCACAGAGUUAAAGAGAAAAGAAGCCAGUGCUUUUUAAACCACAGAAUAAAUGAGAACGUCUUUAGAAUCUUUUGGAAGUUAUCAACAAGCAUUCGGUAUAGUUUGAGAGCUAGAAGGCCAGAGACCAUUAGUCUUUAAAGCAACAUCCAAUGCUGUGUCCCUCUUCAAUCCUGUUCAAGGCCAGGCAGGUUCCCGGACCAACAAAAUGCCAACAUAAUAUUGGGCUGUAGGUAAGGUGAGGGGGCAUUUUUUCAAUUAGUCGUUGAUGGGGGAGUGAUCGAUCCACUACCAAGCCAGUCCCAUUGUGGAUAGUGUCAGCCCCAGACUGGUAGUCCUGAGUUCUAUAAUAAAGCAGGUUAAGCAAGUCACAAGGAACAAGCCAGUAAGCAGCAUCCUCCAUGGCUCUGCAUCAGCUCCCGCCUCCAGGUUCCAGCCCUGCCUGAGUCCUUACCUCCUUCAGUGUUAAACAGUGAUAUGAAGUAUAAGCCAAAUAAACCCUUUCCUUUCCAACUCGCUUUAGUCAUGGUUUUUCAUCACAGCAAUAUUAACCCUGACUAACACACCUGCCAUAGACUUUUGACCAGGAUCACAGUACCAGGAACCCAAUCUCCUAUGGACUGACCUCAAAUCCAAUCAGAAAGCAGACAGCCAGCCAUAACAGGCAUGACACUGUUACACCAGUGGGACACAUUAGGUUAAUCUUCAUUAACAUUGGUGAAUUUUUAAAAAACUUUAAAACUAACUCAUUGUUAAUUUAAUAU